UGUCCUGUGUCCUGUCUUGCCCCUCCUCCUCAUCUCCCCCCUGGUCAAAGGGGUCUUUGUCUUGGGAUGCCUGGUGAGUUCCUCCCUGGGAAGGGAGGGAGGCUACCUGGAAUGGCGGCGUCAGGUGUGACUGUCUCUAUGGUGCCUUCAUUUGCCCUUUGAGGUUUAAAGUUUCUCUACCAGGAGAUGCCACAGUUACCAGCUGGCACUGCUUACCAGAUCCUUUACCGCUUUGAGAAUGUGCUACACCUUGGUUGUUUAUAGCUUCGGACCCUGUUUCCUUUAAGAAGAAGUUUCAGGGAACUGCGCCUCCCUACUCCUGAUGGGAUCUACCCUGGAACAAUUCAAAAAUGGAGCAAAACCUGACUGGCUCAGAAGCAGGAAGGAACUCUGAUGUUCUCCAGGUAGAGCUCGGGGCUGCCAAGACGAUGCCGGGAGAAUCCGACCACACGGUGGAUGCCCGAUGCCUUCACUUCCGGCAGUUCCGCUACGGGGAGAUCUGGGGACCCCGAGAGGUGUUCAACCGGCUCCGUGAUCUUUGCUUCCUGUGGCUCCAACCUGAGCGUCAUACAAAGAAUCAGAUCCUGGAUUUGGUGAUCCUGGAGCAGUUCCUGGCUGUCCUUCCUCCAGAGAUGGAGUGUUGGCUUCGAGAAUGUGGGCCGGAAACCAGUUCUCAGGCGGUGGCCCUGGCCGAAGGAUUCCUGCUGAGUAAAGUGGAAGAAAAGUCUCAGGAAGAGCAGCAGGGUCAGGAAAAUUUUCCAGACUUGGCCAAUGAGAUGGGGAAAGCUCCUUUGAGCAUCAGACCCAGAACAUUUUUCAGGUGGAUUGUGGAGGAGGAACCUGAGCAGAUUGCUUCUUGUCAAGGUGAAGGAAUGACGCCAGUGAUCCAGUCGAGGUGGCACCCGUAUGGAAAUGGAAUAGAAGCAACUCUUGUAGAACCACGUCAGAAUCUGGUGACUUUUGAAGAUGUGGCAGUCUACUUCACAGAUGAGGAGUGGGCAUUGCUGGAUCCAGAACAACGAUCUCUCCAUGUGGAAAUGAUGGAGGAGAACUGCGGAAAUUUGGCUUUUCUGGCCGGGGACAGCUGGAAGGCCAAAACAGAGGAAGAAGUCCAUGGGCUGUUUUUGGAAAAGGCUGCGAAUAAGGAAGAGAAAAAGCAGAGCCAGAAUAUGGAAGAGAAAAAAAAGAGGACACCUCCAUCUCAUGUUUUUCGGGAUGUUGAGAUCUGUAAAUUCCCAGCCCUAGAAACCACAUGCAAUGGGAAAAGAAGCAGCCAGUGCCUGGCAUGCGGGGAAACCUUCAGCUGCAAGUUGAGCCUUAACGCUCAUUUGAAAACCCACAAAGAGGAAAAACCCUUUAAGUGUCCCGACUGCGGGAAAAGCUUCUCGCAGAGGAAAGGCCUGAUAAGGCACGAGAGGAUUCACACAGGGGAGAAGCCUUACGCCUGCUUGGAAUGUGGGAAGAGCUUUGGUCAGAGCGCGGCCCUCAUCACCCAUCAGCGCAUUCACACCGGGGAGAAGCCGUACACUUGCCUGGAGUGCGGAAAGAGCUUCUGCCAGAAGACCACGCUGGUCCGUCACCAGCGAAUCCACACAGGCGAGAAGCCCUAUGCAUGCGGGGAGUGCGGGAAAAGUUUCAGCCAUCGGUCGCAGCUGACAUCCCACCUGAGAGUCCACACGGGAGAGAAACCGUACAAAUGUUCGGAAUGCGGGAAGAGUUUCAGCCAGAACACAAACUUGACGUUGCACCAACGAACUCACACCGGGGAGAAACCCUUCCGGUGUUUGGAGUGCGGAAGGAGUUUUAGCCACAGCUCGACUCUAAUGGCCCAUCAGAGAACUCACACGGGAGAGAAGCCGUUCACCUGCUUGGACUGCGGGCAGAGUUUUGCCCAAAACGCCAGCCUUAUUUUCCAUCAAAGGACCCACACGGGGGAAAAACCCUACACGUGUCCAGACUGUGGUAAAAGUUUUAGCACCAGCACCAGCCUGACUUCGCAUCGCCGUAUUCACACGGGCGAGAAGCCCUACGCAUGUGCCGAGUGCGGGAAGAGCUUCUGUACGAGUACAAAUCUUGUCACCCAUCAAAGGAUUCACACAGGGGAAAAGCCAUUCAAAUGUUCUGAGUGUGGGGAGAACUUCCGGAAAAAAGCCCAUCUCCUGCGCCACCACCUCACGCACACUGGGGAAAAGCCGCACAAAUGCGUGGAGUGUGGGAAGAGCUUUAGCGAGAAAAGGAACCUUAAUUCACAUCAAAGGAUCCACUCUGAGUAUUGGAGUGAGGAACCUCGCAGUAGCAGUUGGGGGCUUCCUUCUCUAAAUUCAGAUAGUCCCCCCAUUUCACAGGACUCUGGUUCUUUCCAGAGCCAUUUGCAGCACGAUUCUAAUCCAGAAGGAAAUUUGGAGUGUUUUACACUCCACUUCUCAGUGAACAGAUGACAGGGUGCAGGCGCGUGGGGCAGCUCCACCCCCACCUUAGCUUGAUUUUUAUGCCUGCGUCUUGCCCCACCUCGUACAACCAGAUGGUGUGCAGGGCUUAACUAGGACUUAUUUUUGGGGUAGGGCUUAUAUUAGGCGCAGGCAUGAAAAUUGGACUAGGGCUUGUUUUCGGAGUCGUAUUUUCAGGGAAACAUGGUAGAAUGCCAGUUUAAAUCUAAAAUAACAAAAUAGGCUUAACGUUUCUGUUUCGGAUAAUGGAUCAUGUGAAUUUCUCUCGAUUUUUAUCCAUUCGGCCAGUAGAGGUUUUCCACAAUAUAGUAGCAUUACAAAAAGGUAGAAUACCAUACAUUCAAAUCCAGGCAGUCCUUGAGUUACAAUCAUUCGUUUAGUGACCAAAGUUACAGCAGCCCUGAGAAAGUAAUUGAUCAGUCCUCACACUUAAUGACACUGAAGGAUCCCCAGUCACAUGGUCAAAAUUUAGGCACUUAGCCACUGCAUGUAUAGUAUUCACAGCAGAGUAUUUACAGCAGUUCCCCAACCUUUCUGGGUUGGCAACCCUGAAUGAGGGGAUGGUUUUGUGGGAGGGGGAGGCACUGUUGCUCAUGCAAGUGGGGUGCAAGCGCCUGUGACCCUUGCGUGAGUGGGGCCAUGAGUGUUCUGCCCCAGCUACCGACCCCAAAGAAUGCAGCACACACAAAGUGUACAAACCUUAGUUUACUAAAUUAAAUCAGUCUUUUUCAAACAGAGGCUGUUAAUUAACUUUCUUAACAGCCUACAAGAAUCCGAAGAAUAAAUAAUCGUAAUCUUACUAUGGUUGGCAGAAAGCCCAGAAGCAAUUUGCAGAGAACUAAGAUCAAGACACGAAGGAGAGUGAACAAAGUUGUUCCCUGCAAAUUGCCUCAGUCGUCGUCCUUCCUUAAAUAGGCUAAGAGAGUGGCCGAUUAGUCCCAAGCCUUACUCUCGAGGAGACUUCCUUCUGAGGAGCCACUCCUGCCUUUUGGCAACUCUGCGUGCCCGUGCAUCAAGAAGAGGCUCCUCCUCUUCAUCCUCUUUACUUAAGGGAGCUUCUGGAGCUUCUGAAGGCCCUGGCUGAAUCCCCGCCUCUGGCACCACAUCUUCUCCAGCCUCCUCAUUGUCUGACUCGAGUGCCAGCUGCACAGGCUGCUGGCGCAGCACCACACCAGCCUCCUCGCUGUUGGAAUCAGCUACUAGCUGCACAGGCCACUGACGGGCCACAACAGAGCGCAUCUGCAAUGACACUUGACCGAGUGGGGGUGCAAGUGCCCAUGACGAUGCAUGAGUGGGGCUCCGAGCAUCCACAACAACGCUCGCAUGAGUGACACCACAAGCACCUGUGAUGCUUGCGUGAAUGGGCUGUGAUUGCCUGCAUGAGUGGGACACUCAUGCAAGUGGGGCUGUGCACGCGAGCACAUGCACAUGCACCGGCCAGCUACUCAUAUAGCAUGGUGGCCAAUAGGCCAUGGCCCAGUAGCGGGCCACAGCCCAGAGGUUGGGAACUCCUGGUUUAUAUCAUCUUGGGGUCAUAUGAUCACUAGCUGAUUUCUGACAAGCAAAAUCAAUGGAGGAAGUCAGAUUCACUUAGCAACUAUAUGAUUCAUUUAAUAACUGCAGUGAUUUCCUCACCUGGGGCAAAAAAAAGCUCAUAAAUCGCUCCUUUUUUUUUUUUUUUUUUUUUUAAUUUGAUUUAUAUGCCGCCCUUCUCCGAAGACUCAGGGCGGCUUACAAUGUGCGAUUCCCUUAACAACUGUUUUGCUUAGCGAUAAAAAUCCUGGUUCCAAUUGUGGUUGUAAACUGAGGACUACCUGCAAUUGAAUAUUUGGCUGCAAGGAAGAACUGAGCUCUCAUAUUUGAUCGGAGCAAAGUGUGAGCUGCUCCAGACCAGGGGUGAAAUGCUCCCGGUUUGGACUGGAUCGCCUGAUCCGGUAGCGAUGGAGGCGGGUGGUUCGGAGAACCGGUAGCAAAAAUCCCUGCCCCCCCCAUGUCCAGCUGAGCCGCGCAAUCAUCAGAGGCUUUUUUUUUAGUUUUUAAAAGCAUUUAUUAAAUGCUUUUAAGAGCCUCUGAC